AUGACGCGCAUCUUCAAUUGCCUGCUAGUGCUCCUAGCUUGUCUCGGGGCCUCCACCAAAGCAGACGACCAAGCCGUCACGCAAUGGCCACUGCAGGAUAACGGCCUCAACACCGUCGUGCAAUGGGACCACUACAGCUUCCAAAUAAACGGCCAGCGCAUCUUCAUCUUCUCCGGCGAAUUCCACUACUGGCGCAUCCCCGUCCCAGCCCUAUGGCGUGACAUCCUCGAGAAAAUCAAAGCAGCCGGCUUCACAGCCUUCGCCUUCUACUCCAGCUGGGCUUACCACGCACCGAAUAACGCAACAGUGGACUUCACAACCGGCGCCCGCGAUAUCACCCCCAUCUUCGAGCUCGCGAAGGAAUUGGGCAUGUACAUUAUCGUCCGGCCCGGCCCGUACGUCAACGCUGAAGCCAAUGCUGGCGGCUUCCCGUUGUGGCUGACUACGGGUGAGUACGGCACUCUGCGCAAUGAUGAUACCCGCUAUACGAAUGCUUGGACGCCGUAUUUCACUGAAAUGACGGAGAUAACUAGUCGCUACCAGGUGACUGACGGCCAUAACUCCAUCGUUUAUCAGAUCGAAAAUGAGUACGGGAAUCAGUGGCUGGGUGAUCCCACCCUGCGUGUGCCGAAUGAGACGGCCAUUGCUUAUAUGGAGCUGCUAAAGGCCAAUGCUCGUAAGAAUGGCAUUACCCUGCCAUUGACCGUAAAUGAUCCUAAUAUGAAAACGCACUCGUGGGGAAAGGAUUGGUCUGAUGCGGGUGGGAAUGUUGAUGUUGCUGGUCUGGACUCCUAUCCUUCGUGUUGGACCUGCGAUAUCAGCCAGUGCACGUCCACCAAUGGCGCAUACGUGCCCUUCCAGGUUCUGGAAUACCACGAUUACUUCCAAGAAUCCCAGCCCAGCAUGCCCGCUUUCAUGCCCGAGUUCCAGGGUGGCUCGUACAACCCCUGGGGAGGACCAGAAGGCGGCUGUCCCGGUGAUAUCGGCGACGACUUUGCCAACCUGUUCUACCGCUGGAACAUCGGCCAGCGUGUGACAGCAAUGUCCUUGUACAUGAUGUUUGGUGGUCAAAACCCCGGUGCCAUGGCUGCGCCGGUCACGGCUUCCAGUUACGACUACUCGGCACCGAUCUCGGAGGACCGGUCUAUCUGGUCGAAAUAUCAUGAGACCAAAUUGCUGGCGUUGUUCACUCGCUCUGCGAAGGAUCUGACUAUGACCGAGUUGAUUGGCAAUGGAACGCAGUACACUGAUAACUCCGCUGUGAGGGCUUAUGAGCUCCGCAAUCCGGAGACGAAUGCUGCGUUCUAUGCUACUUUCCACUCGAACACUUCCAUCUCGACGAACGAGCCGUUCCAUUUGAAGGUUAAUACUUCGGUGGGUGCUCUGACUGUCCCUAAAUAUGCCAGCUCUAUUCGCUUGAAUGGGCAUCAGUCGAAGAUCAUCGUGACGGACUUCACCUUCGGCUCGAAGACUCUGCUGUACUCCACAGCCGAGGUUCUGACAUUUACUGUCUUCGAUAAGAAGCCUACACUGGUUCUUUGGCUUCCGACUGGCGAGUCAGGCGAGUUCUCUAUCAAGGGAGCCAAGAAGGGUUCUAUCAAGAAAUGCCAGGGAUGUUCGCGGGUCAAGUUCAUCAAAGAACAUGGCGGUCUGACGACAUCAUUCACGCAAUCCACAGGCAUGACUGUUCUGGAGUUUGAUGAUCGCGUUAGGGUUAUUGUGCUUGAUAGAAAGUCGGCCUAUGACUUCUGGGCUCCUGCACUCACAGAUGAUCCAUUUGUGCCGGAGACAGAGAUUGUUCUCAUCCAGGGUCCGUAUCUCGUCCGCAACGCUAAGCUAUCAGGCUCCAAGCUCUCGAUAACCGGCGACGUCGUCAACGCAACAACACUAGACAUCUUUGCACCAAAGGUUGUCAAGUCUGUGACCUGGAAUGGAAAGAAGGUUCUCACCCAUUCGACCGACUACGGGAGUCUCAAGGGCUCUCUUGAUGCCCCGAAAUCUAUCGAGCUGCCGGCUUUGACUUCAUGGAAAUCGAAAGACAGUCUGCCAGAGCGGUUCACAGAUUAUGAUGAUUCUGGUGUGGCGUGGGUUGAUGCCAACCAUACAACGACGCUAAACCCGAGAACCCCGACAAGUCUACCCGUCCUCUACGCUGACCAAUACGGAUUCCACAAUGGCGUCCGUCUGUGGCGCGGAUACUUCAACGGAACGGCGACUGGAGCCUUCAUCAAUGUCCAAGGAGGAUCUGCAUUCGGCUGGUCCGCCUGGCUAAACGGUGAAUUCCUCGCCUCUCACCUCGGCAGCGCAACCACAUCCCAAGCAAACCUCACCCUGUCAUUCACAAGCGCAACCCUGCACACUGAUACACCAAACGUCCUCCUAAUCGUCCACGACGACACAGGCCACGAUCAAACAACUGGAGCCCUUAACCCGCGCGGCAUCAUGGACGCAAACCUCCUCGGCUCAGAUUCAGGCUUCACGCACUGGCGUCUAGCCGGGACCGCGGGCGGGGAGUCAGACCUGGACCCUGUGCGCGGCGUGUACAACGAGGACGGGUUAUUUGCCGAGCGUGUUGGAUGGCAUCUACCCGGCUUUGACGACUCAGCCUGGGGAAAAGAGGAUUCGACUAAGGAUUCGACAACGUCUGUCCUUAGCUUCGAGGGUGCAACGGUUCGCUUCUUCCGUACUACAGUUUCCCUUGCUAUCCCUGCGCACACUGAUGUGUCUAUUUCGUUUGUUCUUUCUACGCCGGCUGGUCUGACGACGAAGUAUCGGGCUCAGUUGUUUAUUAAUGGGUACCAAUAUGGAAGGUAUAAUCCUUAUAUUGGGAAUCAGGUUGUUUAUCCUGUUCCUGUGGGAAUCUUGGAUUACACGGGAGAGAAUACGAUUGGUGUGGCGGUUUGGGCGCAAAGUGAGGAGGGGGCUAGUAUUGGUGUCGACUGGCGGGUAAAUUAUCUUACUGAUAGUUCCUUGGAUGUUGCUUCGUUGGAUACUAAGGACUUGAGGCCUGGGUGGACUGAGGAGAGGGUGAAAUAUGCUUGA